AUGUUCGAAGUUCUCCAAGUAGAAAAACAACAGCAACAGUACCCUAACGGUUCAGAAACCCAGAUCGACACAAAGAAAGAAAAAGCUAUGGGGAGGGCAAGCCUCCGUUGGGCUGCAGCCAUCACGAGCCCCGCGGUGGGAGCUGGGGUGGGCUCCCCAGGUGGUCAGGGGGCUGCUCAGGGAUGGAAGCCAGUUGUUCCAGAGGCAAGUGGCGGCUCUGGCAUUCUGGGGACCCCGCUUGAAGGUGCCGGGGCCUGCUCCUCCUCCCGGGUGGCCGCGGGUGCAGGUGGCUCGUCCAGGGUGCAGCAGGGAACUAGAGCAGUGACCACUAUCUGCAGGGGCUUCGCCUCCCCAGCUGGCACCUCAGCUGGGCCGAGCCCUCAGCCCCAGCUGUCAGGAUGGCCUCGAUCACUUCAGGCCCUACCGAGGCAGCAGGCCCCGGAGUUGGAGCUGGGGCGGGCUGCUGAAGUGGCUCAGGGUAACGUCGGGCACGGAGCUCCACGUCUGUGCCUGGCAUGCGCUGCCUUAAGAAUUCCAGAAUCUUCUUCAGGGAAGCAAAUUCUCGGAGCUGACACAAGUCCUGCCGAUAAUAAUCCACCCAUAUUUCCAGGAUGCAGCACAUGGCCCUGGGGAGGGACAGGGCCCUUAGACCUUUACCCUGUCACGGGAAUUGCAGAUGUGUGGGGUGAGUGUCCAGCACCCCCCGACCCACAGCCCCCUCGCUGCCCUCCUGGAGAGGGAAGGCCCGCCUGCAGCAGCCGGAGUCACUCACAGUUUCCAGGGCUGCAGGACCGCGUCGUUGCCACCACACCCACCUGCGAUGCACCCAUAUCUAGAGGAGGGCGGGGGGCAUCCCAUGAAUCGUCCUGUGGCCGCGACCUCUCACCAUGGGGGCUGUCACCCUCUGACCCCCGACGACGCCGGAGCCCUGGGUGCCGUCAGCUCUGUGCGUGGGGCCACGCGCAGCUCCCGGAGAAGCGCCCGCACCUGCUGGGGCCUCCUGAGUGCUUGAGCAUGAAAGGGCUCCGGCCAGGCCCAUGGCCGAUAUCAGAGUGGGCCUGGGCGCCCCGGGGUCCCCGUGGUCCCCCUGUCUGGUUGCCCCAGGACACAGACCCCCGGUGGACUCUCAAACCUCCCUUUCAACGGGAAAAGAGGCCAGCUCAAGACCCUGGUGACGGUGGGGAGGAGGCACAGGCCCCGUCAUGGGGUGAGGACGGCUGCUGAGCACAGGCACAGCCCCUCUGGCCGACCUGUCACAGGCCAGGCCCCGGGGCUGCCCUCCAGGACCCCACUGUGCCCUGGGUGACUCUGCUCCAGUCGGGGGAGCAGCCCGAGGCCCGGGAAGCUCAGAACCCUUCCCCAGCCUCCCCACCAGCAGGUGGCGCUCCCCUGGGCCAUGGAGGGGCAGGUGCUCACUUCGUAAACAGCAGAUCCAGCACCUCCUCGGUGGUGGCAAAUCCAUGACAUUCAUCUAAAAACAUGAAUACCGAGAUGACAUCCCUGCGCAGCAAGGCGGGCAGCAGUUGUUGGAAUUCCUGCUCCAGCAGCUCCGUCCGGCUGGGCUUCGUCGGGCAGAUGGGAGGCCCCUUCCCGGCCGAGGCCCUUGCACCCUGAGGUGGGACAGAGGGGAAGUGCAGCCUGCAUGGAGCCGCCCGGAGGCCUGGGCUGGGAGCGCAGACCGCAGCCCGAGCUCUCGGGGGCUGCGGGCAGCAGGAGCGCCCAUGGCAGGAACCCGGGCCUUGAUGCUUGUGGCUCAGGCACUUAGCAUCUGACUCUCGGCUGUGGCUCAGGUCGUGGCCGC